AUGGCCAUAAGGCUGGUGAAUGGCACAGGGAGGUGCUCAGGCCGAGUGGAGGUUCUCAUCCAGAGCACAUGGGGAACUGUGUGUGAUGGCCUCUGGGACCUGACCAAGGCCACAGUGCUGUGCCACCAGUUGCAGUGUGGCCAGGCUAUGGUGGCCCCCACAGGGGUCCACUUUGGGGCAGGCUCUGGGAAGAUCCUGCUGGAUGAUGUGCAGUGUGCUGGCACGGAGAGCCGCCUGGGGGAGUGUGUGCACAGGGGUGAGGCUGAGCUCAACUGCGGGCACCUGGAGGAUGCCAGUGUCGUAUGUGCAGGGCCUGAGGCUUCUUCCUCAUUGUACACACUCUCAGGGACCUGGUUGGCCCUGAGGCUGGUGAACGGCACAGGGAGUUGCUCAGGCCGAGUGGAGGUUCUCAUCCAGGGCAGGUGGGGGACCGUGUGUGAUGACCUCUGGGACCUGGCUGAGGCCACAGUGGUGUGCCGCCAGCUGCGGUGUGGCCAGGCCAUGGCGGCCCCCACAGGGGCCCACUUCGAGGCAGGCUCCGGGAAGAUCCUCUUGGAUGAUGUGCAGUGUGUGGGUGGUGAGAGCCACCUGGGGCAAUGCAUGCACAGAGCUGAGGCCGGGCACAACUGCAGGCACCUGGAGGAUGUCGGCGUCAUCUGCGCAGCCUAUGAGAACCUGCUUCCCACAUCAUUGGUGAUAGCAGCAGCUCAACACCCACCUUCUUCUGCACCUCCAGGAGGCUGGGCCCCCGUGCGGCUGAUAGGUGGCCAUGGGAGAUGCGCAGGCCGUGUGGAACUCUUCUACCAGGGAGUCUGGGGGACCGUGUGUGAUGACCUCUGGGACCUGCCAGAAGCAAACAUCAUCUGCAGGCAGCUGGGGUGUGGCUGGGCCACUUCAGCCCCAGGUGAGGCCCACUUUGGGGAAGGCUCUGGGAAGAUCCUCCUUGACAACGUGCACUGCGGGGGAGAUGAACAGCACCUGGAGGAGUGCUCCCACAUGGGCUGGUUUUCCCACAACUGUGGGCACGGAGAAGAUGCUGGCGUGAUCUGUUCAGAUUGCACCAAUGAAUACUUUGAAAUCCUGGACGGCCCUCCAUCCUCAACAAAGUCCCUGGGGAAGACCUGCUCUGGGUCCUACCUCACCUACUCGUCCUGCUCCAGCUCAAUGACCCUGGUGUACUUCCGAAGCUUCAACAACAUAGGGAAAAACUUCAUUGCUUAUUAUUAUUCUGCAGCCAAAGGGGACUGGCCAGAGCUGCGGCUGGUGGGCGGCUCAGGUCGGUGCUCAGGACGCGUGGAGGUCCUCCACCAGGGGGCGUGGGGCACCGUGUGUGAUGACCUCUGGGACCUGAACGAAGCCGAGGUCGUGUGCCGACAGCUGGGGUGCGGACGGGCCAUGUCUGCCCUGGGGAAGGCCCACUUCGGCCCGGGCUCUGGAAACAUCUUCCUGGACAACCUGCAGUGCUCCGGGGUGGAGCGCUGCCUGGGCCAGUGUGCCCACUCGGGCUGGUCGGAGCACAACUGUGGCCACCAUGAGGAUGCCGGCGUCAUCUGCUCAGGGGACUGGCCAGAGCUGCAGCUGGUGGGCGGCUCAAGUCGGUGCUCAGGACGUGUGGAGGUCCUCCACCAGGGGGCGUGGGGCACCGUGUGUGAUGACCUCUGGGACCUGAACGAAGCCGAGGUCGUGUGCCGACAGCUGGGGUGCGGACGGGCCGUGUCCGCCCUGGGGAAGGCCCACUUCGGCCCGGGCUCUGGAAACAUCUUCCUGGACAACCUGCAGUGCUCCGGGAUGGAACACUACCUGGGCCAGUGUGCCCACUCGGGCUGGUCGGAGCACAACUGUGGCCACCACGAGGAUGCCGGCGUCAUCUGCUCAGGGAGAAGUAGCUCCUGCGGAGGGGUCUUGUCAAGUCUCUCUGGCUCCUUUUCCAGUCCGCUGUACCCGGAAAGCUACCCGACAGACAUCGAGUGUGUUUGGGAGAUUCAUGUGGAUAAAAAAUUCCGCGUAGAACUCAUGAUUCCAACUUUGAACCUGGAGGAUAUCCUUGGAUGCCCCUACGACUCCGUUGAAAUCUUUGAUGGCCCCAGGAUUGCCUCGCUGUCCAUGGGGAAGUUCUGUGCCUCAGUAGCUGUGAUAUUUUUCUCCUCCUCGGAUAUCAUGACCGUGGUGUUCCGAAGUGAUUCUAUGAUCACCAACACUGGCUUUUAUGCCCUGUUCAACGCAAUUCCACAGGGUGCAUCGCUGAGACUGGUGAAUGGCAGUCACAGGUGUGAGGGCCGGGUGGAGGUCUUCUACAACGGCACCUGGGGCACUCUGUGUGAUGACAGCUGGGACAUGACAGACGCCAGGGUGGUGUGCCAGCAGCUUGGCUGUGGCGAGGCCUUGUCAGCCCCAGCUCAGAGCUACUUUGAUGGAGGCACUGGCCACAUCAUGCUGGAUGAUGUUCAGUGCAAAGGGAACGAAGCCAAGGUGUGGCAAUGCAUGCACAACGGCUGGUUCUCCCACAACUGCGGGCACCACGAGGAUGCCAGUGCCAUCUGCUCAGAUGAAAACUUCCCCUGUGGCGGUUUGCUCACAAAUAAUUCGGGCUCCUUCUCCAGCCCUUGGUAUCCUAAAAAAUACCCUGUAAAUGUGGUGUGUACCUGGGACAUACACGUGGACGCCAGGGCUCGUGUCAAGCUCACAUUUGAAGUGGUGAAGCUGGAAAACUUCUACGGCUGUCCGUACGACUUCAUCGAAGUCUUUGACGGCCCGCAAAACGAGUCUUUUUCUCUGGGAAGGUUCUGUUCUGGUACAAUCCCAAUAUUCACGUCCUCCUCAAAUCGCCUGAUGGUGGUCUUCCACAGCGAUGCUAUCCUCACCAACAUGGGCUUUUAUGCAUCCUAUGAGUCUGUUGUGCAAGACGAGAACAAUACCGAUGUGGCCCUCAGGCUGGCUGGUGGCAGCCACCAGUGCGAGGGCCGCGUGGAGCUGCACCACAACGGCACCUGGGGGACAGUGUGUGAUGACAGCUGGGACCUGCGUGACGCCCAGGUGGUGUGCGGGCAGCUGUCGUGUGGCAGGGCCGUGUCGGCCCCCGGCAGGGCGCAUUUCCACCGAGGCCUGGGCCCCAUUGCCCUGGACGACAUGGAGUGUGUGGGGACGGAAGCCAGGCUGUGGCAGUGCCUGCACGGUGGCUGGUUCUCCCACAACUGUGGCCACCAUGAAGAUGCUGGCGUCAUCUGCUCAGCUGCCUUCCCUGACUCGAGUUUUAGCUCAGAAACGCUGCAGCAUGACUGCUGUGGGAGGAAGUGUCCCCGCUGCAAACACUCCUCCGCAGCCUCAGGUGGGCACACAGGGGCUGCUGUUGGGGGCAGGGCUCAGGAUGCCUGGGCUCGCCUGGAAAAUCUGCGGUUGGAAGAUCUGCCCGUGGUGCGGCUGGCGGCCGGGAGGAGCAGGUGCGAGGGCCGCGUGGAGAUCCUCUACGACGGCACCUGGGGGGCGGUGUGUGACCACCUCUGGGGCCUGCCCGCCGCGCAGGUGGUGUGCCGGCAGCUGAGCUGCGGACUGGCCCUGGAGGCCCCGAGGGGCAGUCUGUUUGGUGGCGGCUCGGGCCCCAUCUUCCUGGACAACGUGCGGUGCGCGGGCAACGAGACCAGCCUGGGGCAAUGCCACCACCUCGGCCUGUCGGUCCAUAACUGUGGACACCACGAGGAUGCCGGGGCCGUCUGCUCAGCUCCUGCAGACCUGCCCCUGCGCCUGGCCAACGGGCGCAGCCGCUGUGAGGGCCGGGUUGAGGUCCGCCACCAGGGCGUGUGGGGCACGGUGUGCGACGACCACUGGGACAUCAGGGGUGCCCGCGUCGUGUGCCGCCUGCUGGGCUGUGGCCGCGCGCUCGCUGCCCCAGGGCGCUGCCACUUUGGCCCGGGCUCGGGGCCCAUCCUGCUGGACAAUGUGCGCUGCGUGGGCACCGAGGACACACUGGACCGCUGCGGCCACUCGGGCUGGGCCCAGCACAACUGCCGGCACUGGGAGGACGCGGGCGUGAUCUGUGCAGGUCCAGCUGCCUCUGCUAUACCCAAGGACAAGGCCCAGCUCUCCUGCUUGCCUCACCUCUUCCGAGUCACCAUUGACCGAGGCUAUCUCCGGAGGCUGGGCUACUCCUCUUGGGACAUCCGCUUAAAUGAUGCGCUGUGCCGCCCCCAAGUCACCGGGCGCUACCUGAUCUUCAGCAUCCCCUAUGGUCGCUGUGGCACCAUCAGACAGGAAGGGCUCGGCUCCCUCAGCUACGCCAACUCCAUCAGAGGCCGGAUCCAGGACCACCCCGGCCGAAUUUUCAUGCGGCAUAGGGUGCCUCAGCUCAAGCUCACCUGCAGGGUGGAUGGCCCGUCUGAAGUUGAAAUCAUCCCAGGGGCUGACGUCCCCAGGGACAGCGUUGGCUAUGACGUGUCUGUAUCCUUCCUUGAGUUGCCCACGUCCCAGUAUGUGAGGAAAAUGGGGCCAUACUAUGCCAGUCAGAAGAAAGCAGUCUUCCUCCAGGCCACGCUCCAUAGCCCCAGCCCCAGCCUGCGGCUCUUCGUGGAUACCUGUGUGGCUUCUCCAGAUCCCCACGACUUUGCGACUGUCAAGUACGAUUUGAUCCGGCAUGGGUGCAUCAAAGACAAUACUUAUGUCAACCUGCACUCCCAGCAGAAGAACACGGCCCAGUUCAAGUUCAACGCCUUCAACUUUCUCAGGAACUAUGAUGUCGUCUACCUGCAGUGUGAGGUCGCUGUGUGCAAAGUGGGGGACCGCUCCUCCCGCUGCUCCCAGGGCUGUGUAGAGCGGAGUAAGAGGGAUGCGGGUCCUGUGGAGACCCCAGAAGAGCAGACUGAGCAUUUCCAAGUGGUGGGGCCACUGGAAAUCCACAGAGGGACUGGUCGGAGUAAGACCCUUGUGUGA